AUGGCUGGAUAUAGGCGUAAUAACGCUCUCAUGUGCCUUAUUUUCCCAUCGAGUUUGAGCGAGUUGGGCUUGAAGUGGUUUGAGAGGCUUCUGGAGGAAAGCAUCGAAAGGUGGCAGCAGUUAGCAGAAGCAUUCGUGACUCAAUUCAAAACCAACACUAAAACGCCAAAGGAAAUUAACCACCUCCUGAGCGCCAAGAUGGAGUCAGACGACUCUCUCAAAGCGUACAACACCAAAUAUUGGGAAACAUUCAAUGAGAUCCUAGAUUGCCCAACCAACCUGGAAAUCACCCAAUAUAAGCACGGUCUCCCGAUCGGACAUAGACUGAGGGACUCGCUCAUGAUAAACCAACCGACUUCCAUGGAGCUUUUGAUGCAGGGCAUCAAUGAGCACAUCCAUGUAGAGGACAAUGCGACGGUGUCCACUGCAAAGAAAAAUUAG